AUGCGCGCGUGGGGCCAUGUGCGACUCACUUUCGCCGCAGCAGAGCCGACAACAGCAGAAACAGCAGCAAGGAGUAUAGCACCAGUGGCAGCGGCAGCAGAAGCACCAACUUCAGCAGUAACAACCGCAACAGCAGCAGCAGCAACCAGAACUGCAGCAGCAGCAGCAGCAGCAGCAGCAACAGCAAGAGGAACGUCUUCCCUGCAAUCCCAACUGUCGCCUUCAGCAUCGUGUGACUCGCCGCAGCCUCGAUUCUUCCGCCAGCUCAUGGCGCAGGGCCACUCGCCUGAGGGCGUGUACCUGCCGGUCAAGCAAGCCAUUCCAGAGGAAACCGAGGACGCUAAUAAUGGAUAUGCCCUGAGAGAUAGCUUGAGGCAUUCCCGAGGCGGGGCCUCCGAUGUGGAAGAGGGCGAUGGGCUCACGCUUCACAACGAGGAGGGGCACGCCAGCUCGCUCCACCGACGCGCUGACGAGGACGGCCAAUCGCGGCUCUUGCACGGCCUGCCGUGGGCCGCACCAGCUGGCGGGCGGCGCAGGCUGCUGGGUCUGGGCGACGUGCAGUACCCCCUGGAUGGCUACUUCCUCAGCAAAUCCGGCCUAUACUACGUGCAGGUGCAGCUGGGGUGGAACAGGCAGCCCGUGAAUCUGCAGGUGGACACGGGCAGCGACCUGCUCUGGACGCGCUGUAUCUGCCCCUCCUGCCCGCCACCUCACCCCGAAACCAACCACACCCAGCAGCAACCUGCAGGCGGACAGCAAUCUCCCAGCGCCCCUUCGGCAGCGCUACCAUCAGGCCCCUCCCCCUCCACGCCCUCCUCGCCCGCCUCGCCCCCCACGGUGGACCCUCCCUCAUCCGCAUCUCUCAACCACGCCAGAAACAUGGCCACAGAUGCACGUGCUGCUGCCGCCCAUGUUGAUGCACAUGCACAUGCAGUAGCGGCCACAGAUGCAGGUGCAAGCUCAGGCGCGGAUUCAGAGGCAGGUCCCGGGCAAGGGCUGGUUGCUGGGGCGCAGAUGGCACUGGAGGUAGAUGGCUCACAACGCCCACCCUCGUUACAGUCACAGGGUCAGGCACAAGCACAAGGAGAGGGAAAAGCAAGGAGGGUGAUUCCUGCAGCAGAGGCUGGGAAUGCGGGGAAUGAGGAAGCAUAUGCUGUGGCAGUUGGGGCAGGGGGUGUAGGCAGGGAGGAGGAGCGGUGGGAUGAAGAAACUGGGCAGCUGGCAGUGCCUCGAGGGUCGCUCAUGCGGGGUGCCGCAGAGGGCGGCAGUGGUGACUGGCCCGUGCCCCCUGAGUCGCAGGCAGGGCAGCAGCAGCAGCGGCACAGCCUUGCUGCUGUGGGAGAUGGAGGUGCAACGGAAUCCAUGCGCUCAGCAGCCACACUGGAGUCAUCAUCAUCCUUUGAGGCGCCUCAAAAGCCAUCAUCAUCAUCCACACAACCACCAUUCGAAGCACACGCAGCAGCGACGACGCUGGGAUCAGCACCAUCACCAUCACCACCGUUAGAGGCAGCAGCAGCGACGCCGGGAGCAGCCACGGCAGGAGCGGCAGGAGGGAUGUGGAGCAAGGUGCAGGAGCUGGCGGGCGAGCAGCUGGUGUACUGGGCGGGCAACUCCAGCAGCCUGGGCUCUGGCGCUUGCACCGACGCCCCCUGCACUGCCCUCACCCAGCAGUACGCGCUGGAGAUGCCCGUGGGCUGCCAGGUGGGCAGCGUGCGCACGAGUCGCCGGUGCCAGUACAUGCUGGAGUACGGCGAUGGCAGCACCACGGCAGGGGACCUGCUCUUUGACUCCAUUGCGCUGCUCUCCACCUCCAAGAAAUCCGCCAACGCCACCAUUGCUUUUGGCUGUGGAGUGCACCAAUCCGGCCGUCUCGCCUCGCCCUCCUCCACGGCCUCUCUCAGUGGAGUCAUGGGGCUGGGUCGCGGGCCGCUCUCAGUGGUCACGCAGCUGGCAGCACAGGGCGUGCUGCACGAGUCCUUCUCGCUCUGCCUCGAGGGCCGCCAGCGCGGCGGCCACCUCGUGCUGGGGAGGCGGCGCCUGCCGGAUACCAACUCCACCGUCACCGCGCCCCUCGCGCCCUCCGAUGACCUCACGGUGUACCGCCUGCCCCUGCUCGCGCUCUACCUCGCCCGCGCGCCCAUUCCCCUGCCCAACGGCACCACCGCCAUCACCAUCGCGCCUCCCCCGCAUGGCGUGUCCGCCCCCGCCUCUGACACCACCUUAAUAGGGGGCGAUGGGGUCACAGACACGGUGGGGGAUGGCAGCGCGGGUGACAGCAGCGGGGGGGAUGGUGGGGGCGGGGGUGACAGCAACCAGGGGGGUGGUAAUGGCGAUGGCAACGGGGGGACAGCGGGGGGGUCGCUGCCAACAGGGGCGGUGUCGGGGGGAGCGGUGAUUGACAGCGGGUCUACCUUCACAGCCCUGCCUGCGCCCAUCUUCACCGCGCUCUCCUCUGCUGUCAGUCUCCUGCUGCCCCUCGUUUGCUUGUGCUGUGGAGCUCUGAGUAGUCUUUUGAGGCGCCUCAAAAGCCUUUAUCCGCAUCUGCCCACCCCCUCCCACAACCUGCUCUUGGAGCAAGCAGUGAACGAGAGCAUGGUGUGGUCGGGGUACUUCCACUGCCUGCGCACCAAGAAACGCAUGUCGAGUGCGGAACUGGUGUCCUCCUACCCGCCUCUCCUCCUUGACUUCUCCGCCAACCUGCUCUGGACCGUCCCUGCUUACAACUACCUCUUUCACAAGGUGCGCUUUCUGCAGCUGCACCUUACACGAGGGGGAGUGCUCUUCUUCUGUGCCUUACAAAUGUUUUUUUUCACGUUUUGGUACGUGUGCAUGUGUGUGUGCCUUACCAUGUGUGUGCCAUACACAUGCCCGUAUGUGCCUUGA